AUGUCCACCGUCUACUAUGGUCCAGUCAUUAACCCACAAUCAGUCACAGACUACCGUGCUCUUCCUCAAUGUUUAAUUUGCGUAUCUCCACAGGGUGAUAUCGAAUGGAUCGCCGAGGAUGUAGAGAGAGCAAACCUCAACGAUGUUCUCGCACAGCACGAUUGUGCCCCUUCUGCCAUCACUCUCGUUUGUUUGGCCGACAGGGAAUUCCUCAUGCCUGGCUUGGUUGAUACCCAUACACAUGCUUGUCAAGUCCCUAACAUGGGCGUCGGGGGGGAGAUGGAGCUCUUGCCAUGGCUCGACAAUUACACGUUCCCAACGGAAGCUAGGUUCAAGGACGUCAAAUAUGCCGAACGCGCUUAUCCUGAUGUCAUCCGGCGCAUAGUCAACUCAGGUACAACGACAUGCUGUUAUUACGGUAGCUUGCAUCUAGAAGCGACCAAGGUUCUAGCCAGUCUUGUCCACGACGCAGGUCAAAGAGCGUUUGUCGGGAAAUGCAACAUGAAUCAGAAUUGCCCACCUAAUUACAUCGAGUCAUCUGUCAAAGAAUCUGUCGAUACCACGUUGGAUUUAAUCAACUACAUCGAACAGCUACCGAAAUCUGCUUGCGGCGAGCCAUUGCUACACCCCAUCCUUACCCCGCGUUUCGCCAUCUCAUGUACCGAGGAGCUCUUGGCGCGUCUCGGUGAAGUCGCGCAGAAGAACCCAAAGCUUGCCAUCCAGACUCACAUCUCAGAGAACAAAGCCGAGAUUGCACUGGUAAAAAGCCUCUUCAAGACCAAGAGUUACGCAGAGACGUAUGACAAGUUUCAUUUACUUCGCGACAACACCAUUUUGGCACACGGCGUCUACCUCACCGAGGACGAAAUGGUGCUUCUCGCCAAACGUGGUUCCGGAGUGAGUCAUUGUCCGACGAGCAACUUCUAUUUGAGCAGCGGCAUGGCGAGAGUCGGUAUGCUACUUGAUCAUGGUGUGAAGGUUGGAUUGGGCACGGAUGCCGCUGGCGGCUAUUCCCCAUCCAUACUCACCGAGAUCCAGCACGCCAGUAUCGCAUCCAAGGUACUUGCUAUACAGGCCGGAGACAAGAAAUGUAAAUGCAGCGGGGGUCACUCGGAGUCAUCAGGCGAAGAUGACAUGAAGCAGCCUGGACAGUUCACCAAUCAAAAACUAACCAUCGCUGCUCUCUUAUUCCUCGCCACUCUUGGCGGGGCGGGUGUCUGCUGUCUCCAGGACCGCAUCGGGUCGUUCGAGAAGAAGAAGGCCUUCGAUGCUCUCCUUGUCAGUGUCCACGAUGAUAGGGGAAAUCCUGCGUUAUGGGGCUACAAUCCUGAUCGGGACUUGACCCAAGGUGUCACUGCACAGAGCGCGGACAAAAAAAGCUUGACAGAAUGGCUGGAACGUUUUUUGUUUUGCGGAGAUGACAGGAACAUAAAGAAGGUGAUCGUACAAGGACGGACGAUUGGUGGACGGGAUUACCACCCGUAA